AAGAUAUUUUUCUUUGUGGCAAAACUGUUUUGUUAUGGAGUAACCCGUGGGCCAUGAACUAGAUUUCCACUUGCAUGGUAUUUUAGGAGGAGAUUUUCAAAAGGCACAAGGGCAGUUUGUGGCCCAAUUCCGGCUGAAGAAAAAAAAAAUCAUUUCCUAGUUCCCACAUAUGCCUUUGGCAAUCUUUCCCUUUCAUGUCUGUCUCCCUGGAGUCAGUUUGUUGCUAUGCUACUGCAUGGCAUUAGUGGUCACAGGUGGGAUGAAAUUCAUGACUCCCCAUGGGUUGAUGGUAAUGGUUCAUGGGUAAUGCAAAAGCAAACCUUCCCCCCACAGAGGAAGCAGCCCUAAACAUAUCUGAAUGACGGCUUUAUUCUGCGCCCUCUUCAAAUCAAUGAGGAAACUCAGGCCUGCUAAGUUUGUCUAUAGUAAGGGUAAUUACAAACUUCCCACUUUUAAUUACUGAGAAGCAGCAUAACCUAGUGGCUAGACUGCUGAGCUAAGAGUCAGAAGACCUCAAUUCUAGUCCCACUGCUGCCACUCACUGACCUUGUGACUUUGAGCAAAUCACUUCCCCUUUCUUCCCCCACCCACUCUUUGUCUUUUCCUGGUAGAUUGCAAAUGCAUUGGGGGAAGAAACUGCUUCUUAUUAUGUGUUUAUACAGUGUCCAAUAUAAUGGGGUCCUGAUCUCUGUUGGCACUGUUGCAAUUCAAAUAAAUAAUAAUCAUAUCAGUUGCAACAGCUCCUCCUAAAAAAAAAACUGCAUCACAGUGCCUGCCUGGCUCCUAGCUACUCUUUCUUCUUUAGUAACAUUCAGGGCUAAUCAUUUUAUACUAGUUUUUGGUUUCUGUUAGCCAGGCACUGGAGAAAUGGAAGAAGCGUUUUUCCAGCUUUACCAAGAAUUCACACACCUGCAAGAUUUAUGUGCAAAGCAGGCUGAGCUGCUACAGAAGUUGACUGUGAAGAAGGAACCCGUAACUGACAUGCCAAUUUCGAUGCCAAUCCAGUGCACAGACGACGGGGGGUUAGCACAAUCAGAGAGACUCUUCUUCAAACAGCAGUUACCAAAGGUUCCCAGCUCUAUCCUUUACAACCCAACAGUUCCUACAUGGCCCAACACUGCAGUUCUUCGGGACCAGCCACAAGAUGCAGACAUGGUCUCUCAUUUUGCUAUUAAGUACCCCCUGAGUGCGGCAAACAACGGCUUGUCAAGCAGCACUAAGGGGAAGGCAGAUUUUGCAAUAGCACUUUCCAGCCAGAACCACCACAAACCGCACGUGGGCAAGAAGGCGGCUUGUGACACGCUGUUGAAAAAUUAUGUGAUGUUUCCUGCCUUGAAAGCGGAAAAGGAGAAAUCCACAGCCCCUCCCAUACCUCCAGAGCUUGCUACCCUAAAUCCAGAGGAUGUAGGCUCCUUUCCCAGUUUCUUGGAUCUUUAUGAAGCACCACAGGAUUCACAGAUGGAAAGUACUUCCCUUCAAGCUGCAGAAAUUAAAAUUCCUAUAGAAAUCCGAGGACCCACGCAGACUUCCUGGACUCCAGGAUGGGCAGUAGAAGACAGUCCACUUGGUCACAGCGGGGAUUGUGAACUCCAAGGGUACACUGCAUACACAGACCUGUGACUUUUGCCAAGUCAUUUUCGCAGCUGGGGAAAAGCACAAGGAAACUAUUACAAGCGUCUCAUAGCUCAUAUCGAAUAGGAUUGGUAUCAUCAUGUACUUGUAACCCAGUUUACAAAGGAUGGCUUUCUGUUUAUGAGCCUACUGUAGAGCUGUUGGAAUAAGUGACUUCUUGACUCAGUGGCUGAACUGGAAGGCUGUGAAAAGAAUUUCUGGGUUGGGUUGACCCGAAAUGAAAACAUUUCAAUGUUUCCAGCAAAGCUCAAAAAGUGAAAAAAAGACUUUGUUUUGAAUGGAAUGAAACAUUUUAUUUAAUUUCUGAGUUUUUAUUUUUUAAAUCUUUUUCAAAUAGCAAUUUGUGAAAAUGAAGUGAUACUCUAAGACGAAAUGUUUCAUUUUGGAAAUGGAAAAAAAAAAUGAACUGUUUCAACAGUUCUGAUUUUUUUGA